AUGGAUUAUGGGGACAUCCAUCAUCUCCUUGAAGACCCAUGCUAUGGUGUUCUUGAUGAUCAUGAUGAUGGCUACAUGGAAGCAUUGCGUCUCAUGGGAGAUGAUGACGCCCAUGAUGGCUUACAUGCUGUCAUUCCUGAAGUGGGUCCCACCAUGGAUGUACCUUUGGUUCAAGAUACUAUGGUUGUGGGUCAUGAGAUGUCUCACUUGGAGGGAAUUCAAGAAGAUCUGAUGGAGGGCCGCAGCAUAACUGAUCUGUUAUUGAAGGGAGCUGAAGCUGUUGAAGCAAAGAACUGGCAGUUGGCUUCGACUGUAGUGACUCGCCUUGAUCAUCUCCUCCUCUUCAAUCAAGAAAAUGAAAAUGGCCCACUGCACAGAUUGGCCUUUUACUUCACCGAAGGCCUUCGUUGCAAGAUCCUCACUUCCAGACCUACUGAAUUCCAGUUCCCUGAGUCAAUUCACAGACGAACGGAUAACGACACCAUUACUGCCUAUCGAAUGCUCCACGAGCUCUCUCCUUAUGUGAAAUUUGCGCACUUUACUGCCAAUCAAGCAAUCCUUGAAGCCACCAUCGGUGAGCAGCACGUUCACGUCAUCGACUUCGAUGUUAUGGAAGGAAUUCAGUGGCCGCCACUUAUGGAAGACCUCGCACUGCGGAAGGAUGCCUCACUGAGAAUAACGGCAGUUAGUAGCCGACAUAAUGUGGGUCCCACUCAGCAGACAGGAAGACGGCUGAAGGAGUUUGCAGAUUCAAUUGGCCUACCAUUCAGUUUUGAUCAGGUGACGAUGCAGAGAGAUGAGGAUCUUCAAGGAAUCAAACUCUCUCCCAAGAUGGUUGUUUUGGUAGAAGAAGAGCUGUUUGAUUUUUUCAAAAUGCCAUCUAUGUCAUUUGUGGAGUUCUUUUGUGAGGGCUUGCAACACUACACUGCUUUCUCUGAUUCAUUGAUGAACGGCUCCUUUUGGUCUGGAGAUAAGGUGGGCCACAGGCUAAUUGAAGAGUUCUUGGGCCUUAGGAUCUUGGACUGUUUGAGGCAGUUCCCAUUGGAUAAGGAUGAGAGGGAGAUUUGGGGAAAUGGGUUUUCUUCAAUCAAGGGAUUUAAGGCCAUUCCAAUGAGUGGUUGCAAUGUUUCUCAAGCCAAGAUCUUGGUGGGUCUCUUUGGUGGGGGGUACUGGGUGCAGCAUGAGAAAUGCAGGUUGGCUUUGUGUUGGAAAUCAAGGCCUCUAACAAUAGCUUCUAUCUGGGUCCCCACUUGA